CGUGACAACGUAAAGAAUCAAACGCUAAUAAACUAAAAAACAGGGAGACGGCUAGCAUAGAUGCUUUCCCUUCGAUUUUUCACAGUACUGCGGAGAAGAUAACAAACUUUGAUGGGGAGGGGGAGAGUCGUGCUAUUCAAACUUAAAUUAUAAAAGCCGGCAACUUGACUGGAGACUACCCAGCCAGCCCUCCAUUUGACUUGGUGGUUAUUUCCCAUUCUCCUCUUUUAAAUAGUCUUUCCACUAAUUCUUAACAUCCACAUUUGCCAAAUCCCGAGCUUUCUUUCAAUGUUAAGAGACAGAGAGUCAUGGGUCCUCUUGGCGGAGUUUCAGGUUUCUUUCCCCAAACCAUGAAUGGUGAAAUACCUGUAGAAUCAGUCAGAUCGAGUUUUAUUUACUACUUGUAGCUGUUAAAAUCAUUAAGUAUAGCUUAGUUAUAAAGACAACAGGGCAGAAUUGCAGACACGUACUACUGGUUUUGUUUUUAUAACUACGUGCAAAGAUGGCGGCAGUUUUAGCCGGAGAUGAUCUGGCAAGAUCAAUGAGCAGCAGCAGCAGGAGGAGCUUUAGUUACAGGAGCUGGGCGUCUGCUAGCAUAAGAGAAGCAUGGACUGCACCGGUGGACGUUUUCAGCCAGAAUAGCGGGAGGAGGCAGCAGCAGAUGGACGACGAGGAGGAGCUGCGAUGGGCAGCUAUCGAGAGAUUGCCGACUUAUGAUCGGAUGAGGAAAGGGGUUCUAAGGCAGGUACUUGAUAAUGGAAGAAUGGUUCAAAGUGAGGUUGAUGUAACAAGGCUUGGAAUGCAAGAUAAGAAGCAGUUGAUGGAGAACAUACUUAGAGUUGUUGAAGAAGACAAUGAAAAGUUUCUGAGGAGAGUUAGAGACAGGACUGAUAGGGUGGGGAUUGAGAUUCCAAAGAUUGAAGUUCGAUUUCAGCACUUAUCAGUGGAGGGUGAAGUUUUUGUUGGGAGCAGAGCACUUCCUACCUUACUUAAUGCCACGCUGAAUGCAGUAGAGAGUAUUCUUGGAUUGGUUGGGCUUGCUCCAUCAAAGAAGAGAACAGUUCAGAUUCUUCAAGAUAUCAGUGGAAUUGUCAAACCAUCACGGAUGGCCCUACUUCUGGGUCCUCCAAGCUCGGGGAAAACAACAAUGCUAAUGGCACUUGCAGGCAAACUCCACCGGGAGCUAAGAUCAUCCGGGAAGAUCACCUAUUGUGGGCAUGAAUUGAAAGAGUUUGUUCCUCAGAGGAGUUGUGCUUACAUUAGUCAGCAUGAUCUUCAUUAUGGAGAAAUGACAGUCAGAGAGACAUUGGAUUUUUCUGGACGCUGCUUAGGUGUGGGCACGAGGUAUGAACUGCUGGCGGAACUCUCUAGGCGUGAGAAAGAAGCAGGAAUUAAGCCAGAUCCAGAAAUUGACGCGUUCAUGAAAGCCACAGCAAUGUCAGGACAGGAACAUAGUUUGGUCACUGAUUAUACUCUCAAGAUACUCGGAUUGGAUAUUUGUGCUGAUAUUUUGGUUGGGAAUGACAUGAAAAGGGGUAUUUCUGGAGGGCAGAAGAAGCGUGUGACUACCGGAGAGAUGUUGGUGGGACCAGCAAAGGUUCUUUUAAUGGAUGAAAUAUCUACAGGGUUGGACAGUGCCACUACUUUCCAGAUUUGCAAGUUCAUGAGGCAAAUGGUCCAUACCAUGGAUGUAACUAUGAUAGUUUCUCUCCUACAGCCAGCACCAGAGACAUUUGAGCUUUUUGAUGACAUUAUCCUGCUUUCAGAGGGUCAGGUUGUCUAUCAAGGUCCACGCGAGCAUGUCCUUGAAUUCUUUGAACACAUGGGUUUCAGAUGCCCUGAUAGGAAAGGAGCUGCUGACUUUUUGCAAGAAGUAACUUCCAAGAAGGACCAGGAACAAUAUUGGUUCAGAAAGAAUAUACCUUACAGAUUUAUUUCAGUUCUUGAGUUUGUGCGAGGUUUCAACUCUUUUCAUGUCGGCCAACAACUUGCUUCAGAUCUUAGGACUCCUUAUGAUAAAUCAAGGGCCCAUCCGGCUGCAUUGGUCACAGAGAAGUAUGGCAUCUCAAAUUGGGAGCUGUUCAGGGCAUGUUUCUCAAGAGAGUGGCUGCUGAUGAAGCGGAACUCUUUUUUGUAUAUAUUCAAAACAACCCAGAUAACAAUCAUGUCAAUAAUUGCCUUCACAGUGUUUUUUCGGACAGAAAUGAAAGUGGGGACUGUACUAGGUGGACAAAAAUUUUUUGGAGCAUUGUUUUUCAGUCUAGUCAAUGUGAUGUUUAAUGGGAUGGCAGAACUUUCAAUGACAGUUUUCAGGCUCCCUGUCUUCUAUAAACAGAGGGAUUUCUUGUUCUUUCCUGCGUGGGCUUUCGGCUUACCAAUAUGGGUACUCAGGAUUCCAUUAUCGUUAAUGGAAUCAGCGAUAUGGAUUAUCCUAACAUAUUACACAAUUGGUUUCGCUCCUUCUGCUAGCAGGUUCUUCAGACAGUUCCUUGCAUUUUUUUGCAUACAUCAGAUGGCUCUGGCCCUCUUUCGUUUCAUUGCUGCUGUUGGAAGAACACAAGUCGUUGCAAACACACUAGGGACCUUCACCUUGCUUUUGGUUUUCGUGCUCGGAGGAUUCAUUGUUGCCAAAGACGACAUUGAGCCAUGGAUGAUCUGGGGCUACUAUUCCUCUCCUAUGAUGUAUGGACAGAAUGCCAUUGUCAUGAAUGAAUUCCUUGACGAAAGAUGGAGUGUGAAUAAUACGGACUCUAAUUUCGCUGGAGAAACUGUUGGGAAAGUGCUUCUGAAGGCUAGAGGCUUCUUUACUGAUGAUUAUUGGUUUUGGAUUUGUAUCGGAGCACUCUUUGGGUUUUCGCUUUUAUUCAACGUUUUAUUUAUUGUAGCAUUGACUUUCUUGAACCCUUUGGGUGACUCAAAAGCUGUCGUUGUGGAUGACGAUGCGAAGAAGAAUAAGAAGACAUCAUCUGGACAACAGAGAGCAGAAGGUAUUCCUAUGGCAACGAGAAAUUCUACAGAAAUUGGUGGCGCAGUGGAUAAUUCAACAAAAAGAGGAAUGGUUCUGCCAUUCCAGCCCCUUUCACUUGCAUUCAACCAUGUGAGCUACUAUGUGGAUAUGCCUGAUGAAAUGAAGAGUCAAGGAAUUGAUGAAGAGCGUCUUCAACUGCUCAGAGAUGUUAGUGGUGCUUUUAGACCAGGGAUAUUGACUGCACUUGUGGGCGUAAGUGGUGCUGGGAAGACCACCUUGAUGGAUGUGUUAGCUGGAAGGAAGACCGGUGGUUACAUUGAAGGAAGUAUUAACAUCUCAGGCUAUCCAAAGAAUCAAGAGACAUUUGCUCGUGUGAGCGGUUAUUGUGAACAGAAUGACAUUCAUUCACCUCGUGUUACUGUUUAUGAGUCUCUUCUGUACUCAGCCUGGCUCCGUCUUUCUAAAGAUAUAGAUACAAAAACCCGAAAGAUGUUUGUUGAAGAAGUUAUGGAAUUGGUUGAGCUAAAUCCCCUCAGAGAUGCCUUAGUUGGACUUCCAGGUUUAGACGGCCUAUCAACAGAACAAAGGAAAAGAUUGACCAUAGCAGUAGAAUUGGUAGCUAAUCCCUCUAUCAUAUUCAUGGAUGAGCCAACUUCUGGUCUUGAUGCUAGAGCUGCUGCUAUCGUGAUGCGUACUGUCAGAAACACUGUGGACACAGGUAGAACUGUUGUGUGCACCAUUCAUCAGCCUAGCAUAGACAUUUUUGAAGCUUUUGAUGAGCUGUUGUUGAUGAAAAGAGGAGGUCAAGUCAUUUAUGCCGGAUCUCUUGGUCACCGUUCUCACAAGCUCAUAGAAUAUUUUGAGGCUGUCCCAGGUGUUCCCAAGAUAAGAGAUGCGUAUAACCCUGCAACAUGGAUGCUCGAAAUUAGUGCUCCUUCAAUGGAGGCACAACUGGAUGUAGACUUCGCAGAACAAUAUGCCAACUCCUCCCUCUAUCAGAGGAAUCAGGAAAUUAUCAAAGAGCUAAGCACACCAGCACCAGGAUCCAAGGAUCUCUACUUCCGAACCCAAUACUCCCAAACUUUUCUUACUCAAUGCAAAGCUUGUUUCUGGAAACAGCAUUGGUCUUACUGGAGAAACCCUCGUUAUAAUGCCAUUCGUCUGUUCAUGACAUUAGCCAUUGGAAUAAUAUUCGGUCUCAUCUUUUGGGACAAAGGACAGAAGACAUUUAGCCAGCAAGAUCUAUUGAAUGUUUUCGGAGCCAUGUACGCAGCGGUGCUUUUCCUUGGUGCAACCAAUGCUGCGGGAGUGCAGUCUAUAAUUGCUAUUGAGAGAACAGUUUUCUAUCGCGAAAGAGCAGCUGGAAUGUACUCCCCAUUGCCUUACGCAUUUGCGCAGGUGGCCAUAGAAGCAAUUUAUGUAGCAGUACAAACUAUUGUUUAUAGCAUUCUCCUUUUCUCCAUGAUGGGCUUCGAGUGGACGGCUGCAAAGUUCUUGUGGUUCUACUACUUCAUAUUCAUGUGCUUUGUUUACUUCACAUUGUUUGGGAUGAUGGUUGUUGCAUUGACCCCUGCCCCACAAAUUGCUGCCAUUUGCAUGUCCUUCUUCACGUCCUUCUGGAACUUGUUCUCUGGUUUCCUUCUUCCUAGGCCUCAAAUACCUAUUUGGUGGAGGUGGUACUACUGGUGUUCUCCAGUGGCUUGGACAUUAUACGGCCUCGUGACAUCUCAAGUGGGUGAUAAAACCAAUACAAUCAGCGUACCUGGCGAGUCUGAAGAUGUGCCAAUAAAGGAAUUCCUCAAAGGAUACUUGGGAUUUGAAUAUGACUUUCUUCCUGCCGUGGCCGCCGCCCAUCUUGGAUGGGUUGUCCUCUUCUUCUUUCUGUUUUCCUAUGGUAUCAAGUUCCUCAACUUCCAGAAGAGAUAAAACCUACAGCUUCACUACUAUAGUCCUAGAACAGUUUUAAUAAUACAUAAAAUCAAAGGUGUAAUUAUUCAUAGAUGGGGAAGCAAAACGUCACCCCUGUUUUUGGCCUUGUUUUUUUUAUUUUUUUUCCCUCUCGAUCUUGUGUGUAUUACUAUAGCAUUCUUUUGACCUGGCUUUCAUAAGGGCAGUUAUUAAUAAACGGCAACAGAUGUGUUCCUACAGAAUUAAGAAGCUGAAUCAAAUGUUUAGUUUAGUCC